AUGCUUCUAUUCUUACUUACUGUGCUUUGCAUUUUCCUUUCCAUAUGCAUGUCCAUGUACUGGAGGAUGGAAAGAAACAGAAAAGUGCGCAUGCCCAGAAAGAAGGCAGCAUGGGUUCUUGUUAUUAAUAUGUAUUCACCUGUUCAGAGCUCAGUGCUGGAUCAGCUAGGAGAUAAAUAUGGCAUUAAGCUAACUGUUCAGGAAAAUGAUCAGGACACAUUUCAAAAUAAUCAUAAAAAAUUCUGUAAGUCAAUAGGAGAGUACACCGAAAAAGUUCCAUACGUGGAUAUAAUGGACUUUGUGUCCAGCAACAAGAGCAUGUUCCCUGACAUCGUUAUCCUUUGCUCUGACAAAACAAUAUUCAAGACCACAUCCCCCUUUCUUUUAUAUUCUGCAGAGCUUCUGCAUACAAGGAAAGACUUCUCAGAAGAUGCCUUGAUAAGAGCAUUGCAGCACUAUGCUGACUGCGAGAUUAGAAAUGGAAAAUAG